AACAUCUACUUCAGUGCCAGUGUGUGCUCCGGUGGCCAUGGGCUGUCCAUUGGCUCUGUCGGCGGUCGGGAUGAUAACACGGUGAAGAACGUCACCUUCUACGAUGUCAAUGUUCUCAAGUCUCAGCAAGCUAUCCGUAUCAAGGCCAUCUACGGAGACACUGGCUCCAUUAGCGACAUCACCUAUCAUGAGAUAGCUUUCUCGGAUGCCACAGACUACGGUAUUGUCAUCGAGCAGAACUACGAUGAUACCUCUAAGACCCCAACCACUGGCGUUCCCAUCACGGAUUUCACCCUCGAGAACGUGAUUGGCACUUGUGCGGACGACGACUGCACCGAGGUUUACAUUGCGUGCGGUAGUGGCGCCUGCUCGGACUGGAGCUGGUCCAGCCAUCCCGCCCUCACUUAUGACGAUCGCGGCGAUUCUGACAGAGACUUUGCUGGGAAUGACGGAGCGGCUUGA